CUUCUCUGCCUCAGUUGGCUGGGAAACAGCGUGUUCUAGGAGCACCUGCCACCCUGAGACACACAGACCGAAGCCUUAUCCGUUAGUGCAUUGUCUUUUAUGAAACAAAGAUGGGAUCAUCAGCCUAUUCACCUUUGGAUCGGUUCAUUCAAGUGAACUCACACAGGAAGAUGGGAAUCAGGAGGAGGAAUAAUGAAAGACCUCACAGUGCUGAAGAUGAGCCAGAAGAGCCUCAGUUGUGUUGGCUUACUGUAAAAAUUAUAGGCAUGAGAAAUCUCCGCAAAGCAGAUCUGUUGAGCCAAACUGAUUGCUAUGUGAAGCUGUGGCUGCCGACAGCUUCAUGUCAGGAAGCCCGGACAAGAACUGUAAGCAACUGCAAAAACCCUAUCUGGAAUGAAAUCUUCCAUUUCAUGAUACAAAGUGAAGUAAAGAACAUCCUGGAGCUGAUAGUCUGCGAUGAGGAUACUUUUACACCAAAUGACCACCUUUUGACUGUUCGUUUUGAUGUAGCUAAAAUCCAACCUGGAGAAAAAGUUCACCUGAAUUUCGAGUUGAAUCCUGAGACUCAGGAAGAACUGGAAGUGGAAUUUCUACUGGAAAGCAUUCCAGGUGUAUUCGAGAACAUCAUUACUAAUGGCGUACUAGUGUCUCGUGAAAUUUCUUGUUUGGAAGUACAUGUGGAUGAAAAAAAAAAGAAGAACCCUUACACAAGGAGAGAUUUCAUGUUCACAGUGAAAGGAUCCUAUGAAAAAGCCCAGGAUGUUUCCCUCAGUCCUUGCUGCAGACAAGGAAGCGGUGAAGCCGCUAUCUUCCACUAUGUCAAGCACAGUCAACCCAAGCUGCACAUGACGCUGCCAAAGGAGUGUUUUUUCAGUGGUCAUGGCUCAACUAGGAGGGAAAUGGAUGUAAGUAGUCCCCUGUCUGUGCCUCUCCAUUCUCUGGACUUAAGAAAGGAAGUGACAGUGAUGAGAGGUGAAUCUUAUGAGGUGUCUGUGAAGGAAGGAGAUGGCGGCAAGAAUCUAGAUUUGCGGUUGGGGUUUGAUCUAUGCACAGAGGAGCAGGAUUUCAUCUGUAAAAGGAAGAAGGUGGUUGCUGCUGCACUGAAAAAAGUUCUUCAGCUGGAUAGAGAUCUGCAAGAGGAUGAGGUGCCAGUGGUGGCAGUUGUGACAACAGCAGGGGGAGUAAGGUCCAUGACGGCUAUGCUGGGCAGUCUCCUGGCUCUUCAGGAGUUAGGUGUUUUGGACUGUGUCUCAUACAUCAGUGGUUUAUCUGCCACAACAUGGACCAUGGCAAAGUUAUAUGAAGAUGCGAAUUGGUCACAGAAGGAUCUCAGAGGACCAGUUGGUGAUAUCAGGAAACAUGUGAUCAAGAACAAGCUGCAUUGUUUCUCAUUGGAUCAUAUGAAAUAUUAUGAAAGGGAGCUUUGUGAUAGAAAGCAGGAAGGGCACAAGCUGUCCUUUACAGAUUUAUGGGGACUCUUCAUUGAUUGUAUGCUACAUCAUCAGGAAUGUGCUCACAAACUCUCUGAUCAGCAACUGGCAGUAAAUCAGGGGCAGAAUCCGCUGCCCAUAUACCUGUCCCUCAAUGUCAAGGAUGAUUUUAGCACUCUGGAUUUUAAAGAGUGGGUGGAGUUCACACCUUACGAGGUUGGUUUCCUGAAAUAUGGGGCCUUUGUUCAUUCAGAGGAUUUUGGUAGUGAGUUCUUCAUGGGUCGUCUGAUGAAGAAGAUCCCAGAGUCCCGAAUCUGCUUCUUGGAAGGUACAUGGAGUAACAUAUUUUCCCAGAGUUUUAUGGAUGCUCUUUACCUCACGGGUCAUUCAGAUGACUUCUGGCACAGAUGGACCCGAGACAACGAGCAUGACAUUGAGGAAAAUCCCACUCUGCCCAAGGAGCGUCAUGAACACACAACUUGCUUAUCCAUUCCCAAAAGUUGUCUUUCCAAUGCUGUUCGAGAAAUGAUGACUGGACGGCCAGUGGUUUCAACUUACCAUAAUUUCCUCAAUGGCUUGCAGCUUCAUAAGAAGUAUUUAGAGAAUGAAAGAUUUUGCAUGUGGAAAGACACAGUGCUUGAUUCUUCUCCUAACCAGCUGAGUGAAAUGGGUGACUACCUCAAGCUGGUAGAUACAGCUUUCUUCAUCAACACCAGCUGUCCACCUAUUCUGAGACCAGAGAGGAAAGUGGAUGUCAUUUUGCAUUUAAAUUACAGCGGAGGAUCACAGACUCUGCCGCUGGACCUCUUCUCAGAGUACUGUUUGGAGCAUGAGAUCCCAUAUCCUGGCACAGAACUGAGCCAGGAAGACCGGGAACACCUGAAGGAGUGCUACAUGUUUGAGGACAGCUUAGAGGCACCAGUCCUGGUCUAUUUCCCACUAGUGUGUGAUACCUUCCAAAAAUACAAGGCACCGAAUGUGGAGCGCAGUCCCACAGAGAUGGAGCAGGGAAGAGUAGAUGUGUCCAACUGUAUGUUUCCCUAUGGCACUGGCCUACUUACGUAUACUGAAGAGAAUUUCAAUAAGUUGCUGAACCUGUGCAGCUACAACAUCCUGAAUAAUAAACAUUUAAUUCUUCAGGCUUUGCGAACUGCAGUAGAACGAAAGAAGCGAUUUAAAAACUGUUCAUCACCUCAGUCGUCUAAACUCUCUAAAAGUAUAUUUUGAUAAAUCUCAUCAGAAGGAGAUAUACGAAUGUUUUGGUAAAGGACUAAUAAGUAUUCAGGGAGUGUGAAUCCAUACAGAAUAAACAUCCAUGUUAGCUUGUUAAAAAAAAUUAUGUGUUUUAUUCAGAAUUGUGUGUGAACACUAAUGCCAAUUCUGGUAUUAAAGUUAUUGGCAAAUCAUGAUUACUUUAAAACAAUCUCUUCAAUGUUUAGGGAAUAGAAAGGCAGCUGAAGAGCUAUAGAGUGAUUUUUGAAUAUGCAGCUAUAUAAAAAUGAGAUUUCAACCUCACAAAAGUCUGUGCUAGAUUGGGAUGCAAAUCUUGGUGGCAUGUGGUCUUUGAACCAGAGACCAAAGUAAAGAUCAGCCGAAGUCUUGCCUUGUUCACAGAUCUCUGCUUGUGACAUUAAAGAGUAAACCAGAUACCAAAAAUGUUUGCACCAGGAAAAAGAAGGCUGAUAAUAAAAAAAUGGAAAUACACAUGAUGUCUUCUGUUUUCUAAGUAUCCAUCUGUUAGGCAGAAGUCCACCUUUCAGUGAAUUUGCCAGCCUGGCUGCUGCUGCACUUAGCCUACCUUUUUGAUGGACUAACCCAGAUUGAUCGACAAGUAACAGCCUGAUUCUUCUGCCAACUGUCUGAUAAAAAUCAUCUGACUGCACUCAUUUUUUCUGAAGUACUCUCUGACCUAUUGCCAACCAAGUAGAUUUUGAAGCUGAGGAUAAUAGCGUGGGUUUUAAAUCCUAUGCUCAGUGAGUUUGGGCGGUUUUAUUAAUAACAGCCUAGCCUUUGGCCAUAAGGAUGUCUUCAUUUAUUAAUCUGCUGCAAGCUCACAGAAGUUUGUGAUAGCAACAAAAUUUGUGACACCGACUCCUUUGAGUUCUGCAGCAUAUAGCUGCUGCUAGUUUUAUUUCCACUGCCACCUAAAACAGAGAUGGGAGUGUUCAUGAGAUUUUCAUACUAUUUUUAGAUAAAUGCUUGUUUAAGAAAAUAUAUUUAACUGAUCAUUCUUAGAUCUUAUUUUCUCAAUACACCUACAGUGUAAUAGCUACCAUUCAAACACUAAGUACUUACGCAUAAUCUUAUUAAAAAUAAAAGUCUUAUAGGUACAAUCAUUGAAGUAUGGGUUUUUUUAUUAAGUCCUACAAGCUCAGCUCAGAGUUGAUCUGGGGAAAAAUGGUUCUUGCUUCUCCUACUGAGAAAUCAAAUAUUGAGGGAACAAAGGCAUCCAUGAGUUUUGCUAAAUGACCUUUGAUGCAGAAGGAGAGAAAACUCCCACUUCAACAGUGGAAGAUGGAAAAUGGAAGGAAACUCUGCUUUUAAGAUGGAGGUGAUUGGGAUGAUAAUGAGAGGUUUUCAAGUCCAAAUACUGGUAUUUGCAAACAUCGAAGUAUUUAUUAAUUAACAUACAGAGCAACACUUCUAGCACCGUAUAUGCCCCCAUCUUAUUAGUCUUUUCCCCUUUGCAGUCAUCUUAUUCAUCAUAGUGGUGUGAGUUAAAAUGAAAAGUAAGUGCAUCCAUUUGCACUCUGGCAGUAUGCCCACAUCACUCUGUAAGUGUGGCAUCUUGUGUAUCCCUAACGUGCCAUGGU